CGUCCUUCCAGAAAGUGGAGUGAAGUGAAGUGAAGGGGAAGGCCAUUUUGCAGAGCGAAGCAGCAAAAAUCAGAGAUGUCGACGAGCGAGAACGGCGAACUGGUCUGCGUCACCGGUGGCAGCGGCUGCAUCGGAUCCUGGCUCGUUCACCUCCUCCUCCGCCGUGGCUACUCCGUUCACGCCACCGUCCAAAAUCUCAAGGAUGACAAAGAAACGAAGCAUCUCGAAGAUUUGGAAGGCGCGGACACUCGUCUCCGUCUCUUCCAAAUCGAUCUCCUCCAUUAUUACUCCAUCGUCCCCGCCGUCACUGGUUGCGCCGGCGUCUUCCACCUCGCGUCUCCCUGCAUCGUCGAUGCUGUAGAAGAUCCUGAGAGGGAUCUAUUGGAUCCGGCCAUCAAAGGAACCCUCAAUGUCCUGACCGCGGCUAAGGAGGCUGGGGUACAACGCGUGGUGGUGACUUCGUCUAUCUCCGCCAUGAUUCCAAACCCUCACUGGCCGGCGAACGUUGUGAGAAAUGAAGAAUGCUGGACUGAUAUAGAUUACUGCAAGUCAAAGGGGCUAUGGUAUUCGGUUUCAAAAACUCUAGCGGAAAAGGCUGCUUGGGAAUUUUCCAAGGAGAAAGGAUUGGAUGUGGUGGUGAUUAAUCCAGGCACUGUGAUGGGGCCUUUGAUUCCUCCCAGAAUUAACGCUAGCAUGAAAAUGCUUUUACAACUUCUCGAGGGGUGCUCCGAGACAUUCGAGGACGUCUUUAUCGGGAUAGUGCACUUUAAAGACGUUGCCUUAGCACACAUUUUGGUGUAUGAAAACAAAUCAGCUACAGGAAGGCACUUUUGUGCCGAGUCUAUAUCUCGUUACUCCGACUAUGCCGCAAAGGUUGCUGAGCUCUACCCUCAAUAUAAGGUGCCCAGGUCGAUAGAAGAUACACAGCCUGAUUUGGUGAGAGCCAAAGAUGGAGCUAAGAAGCUGAUGGACCUGGGGAUGAAAUUCAUCCCAAUGGAAGAAAUCAUCAAGGACGCGGUUGAGGAUUUAAAGAGGAAGGGAUAUAUUUCCGAACCACUAUAAAAAUCUCGAUUUCAAAUCGUCACCUGUAAGUUUUUAUUUCAGCCUGCUCUUAUGAGUCCUCUCUAUGUGACAUAUGAGAUCUUCAUCAUCUGGAUGUUGAAAUGUUAUAUUUGAAUGAUACCAUAUUCUAGUCUCCAACUGUUUCUCAAAA